CGUUAACUGUCAGUUUUUGUGUGUGUGUCGUUUGCGUUGCUAUUUAAUUAUCGAAAAAGAACAAAAAACUUAUUUCGGCUGUGGCAAAUAAUUAACUAAAUCACUAAUCAACUUAAAAAAUGAAGAGAGGAUAUGAAUCUAUGAGUACCUCUGUUGAUAUAAGCUCCUAUCGGGAUCAACAUUUUAAGGGUUCCAGAAGUGAACAAGAGAAAUUACUGAGAACAUCGUCAACUCUGUACAUUGGAAAUUUAUCAUUUUAUACAACAGAAGAACAAAUAUACGAGCUAUUUUCGAAAUGUGGUGAUAUACGGAGGGUCAUAAUGGGAUUAGAUAAGUACAAAAAAACCCCUUGUGGAUUUUGCUUUAUGGAAUAUUAUACUAGACAAGAUGCAGAAAAUUGCAUGAGGUUUAUAAAUGGAACAAGAUUGGAUGACAGAAUAAUUAGAUGUGACUGGGAUGCUGGCUUUAUUGAGGGGAGGCAAUAUGGACGUGGUAAAACAGGUGGCCAGGUGCGUGACGAAUAUAGAACUGAUUAUGAUGGUGGCCGUGGUGGAUAUGGAAAAAUUAUUGCGCAAAAGAUUGUCCCAAACACAUUGGAACGUUGAUGGGAGGACUG